CUUGCUUUACUGUAUGACGCUCAACGUGGUUCACAAUGGUCAAGGCCACUGAAAAGCGCAUCUAUUUCACUCGACACGCUCAAGCCGAGCACAACGUUGCCGAGGACUAUUCUAUCCGCGAUGCUCCCUUGACUGCGCUCGGAAGGGAACAAUCCAAGGCUCUGAACGAGGCUACCCAGGACGGUAUCCAGAAGACCGCCGAGCUGUUGGUAACGAGCGGGAUGAGACGGCCAAUGUCCACCAUGAUCUUGGGCUUCCCGGAGCUACGGAAGCGUCUGGAGGCUGAGGGCAAGCCCGUCAUCGUCCUAGCGUCUCUCCAAGAGUGCAACGCCCACCCAUGUGAUUGCGGUUCCUCGCGUGAGGAGUUGGAAGCGGAUCCGGAAUACGCCGGGCUCGACCUCAGCGACCUCAAGCCGGAUUGGAACUCCAAGAAAGGGUUCUAUGCCACCGACGUGGCCAGUCUCCAGGCCAGAGCUCGCUGGAAUAGGCGCUGGCUGCGUGGCCGCCCGGAGAAAGAGAUCGUGGUCGUUGCGCAUGGCGACUGCUUGAGAUACAUCACGGACGGCUGGAACUCCGGCAAGCCGUGGGCGAACACCGAGGUUCGGGCCUACACUUUCGCAUCGGAAGACGACGACGACGCGAAGCUCAUUCCGCUCGGGAAGACUGCGCAGGAGGGAACUGACGAACCGACGUCCUCUGGGUUCACACCGGGGUCUUCCACAUACUAGACAUUGCCUAAGUAGAGAGCACUCGGCAUAGAAGUCAGAACACAGACAUGUUAGAGCUGCUGAGGUACACAUUUUAUCUGGUCCAAUUUCGGUGACCAUCCUUCCUCCCUCGUUACCCUGGAGCUCGCAUUCGUUCAUAUCUGCAAAUGCAUCGCCAC